ACGUCCCGCUGUGUUCCAGGCAUGGCGGGGGGACCGGUGGACCCCAGGGACAUCCUGAAGGGCGUGGAGGCUCUGCUGGGGAAGGACGGCGAGCUGCGCAGCCUGGAGGGCGUCCCCAAGGUGUUCAGCCUGAUGAAGGCGUCCACCAAGAUGGUGAGCCGCUGCAUGUACAUGAACAUCCUGCUGCAGACCAAGUCCCACGACGUCCUCAACAGGUUCAUCCGGGUCGGCGGCUACCGGCUGCUCAACUCGUGGCUCACGUACUCCAAGAGCACCAACAACAGUCCGCUGCUGCAGCUCAUCCUGCUCACCCUGCAGAGGCUGCCGCUCAAGGUGGACCACCUCAAGCAGAACAACACGGCCAAGCUGGUGAAGCAGCUGAGUAAGAGCGCCGAGACGGAGGAGCUGAGGAAGCUGGCGGCGGUGCUGGUGGACGGCUGGAUGGCCACCAUCCGGUCUCAGAGCGUCUCCGGCAGCGGAGCGUCCCCCGCCGAUAAGAAGAAGAAGAAGGAGGAGAGCAAGGCGCCGCCGCGAGACGUGAAGGAGAAGAGCGGCGGCGACGAGGAGAAGAAGAAGGAGAAGCCCAAAGCUCACGCCCCCAGCCACGCCAAGAUCCGCUCCAUCGGACUGGAGAUUGACCCUGUGAACCCGGCUCCAGCCAAGAAGACCCCCACGGCCCCCCAGCUGGGAGACAAGUACAACAUCAAGCCUCCUGUCCUGAAGAGGCCCAGCUCGGGCCCGUCGGACGCCCCCCCCCUGGAGAAGAAGUACAAGCCCCUCAACAUGCCCUCCAACUCCGCCAAGGAGAUCAAAGUGAAGAUCAUUCCAGCCCAGCCCAUGGAGUGCACCGGCUUCCUGGACGCCCUGAACUCCGCCCCCGUCCCCGGCAUCAAGAUCAAGAAGAAGAAGCCCAGCGCCACCAGCUCCAGCACCAAGGCCAUCUCCCCCACCUCCAACAAGCCCAGCCCGUUUGACAGCAAGUCCCCGUCCUACCUGUCCUCCGCCAAGCCGUCGUCUCCGGACGCCGCCGCCUCCAGCGCCGCCGCUGACGAGAGUCAGGAGCCGGAGCAGCCCGGGACCCCGGUCCCCUCCGAGGACCCCGAGGCCUCAGACCACGGCGAGAAGCCCAACGCGCUGUCGGAGCCUCAGCCGGAGGAGGACAGUCUGACCAGGAAGGGCAAGAAGAAGAAGACGGUCCACUGGGCCGAGGACGAGCAGCUCAAACACUACUUCUACUUCGACCUGGACGAGACGGAGAGAGUCAACGUGAAUAAGAUCAAGGACUUCGGCGAGGCGGCGAAGCGGGAGCUGAUGAUGGACCGGCAGACGUUCGAGAUGGCCCGCCGGCUGUCCCACGACACCAUGGAGGAGCGGGUCCCCUGGACCCCCCCGCGGCCCCUGACCCUGGCCGGCAGCCUGGUCAGCCCCGGGGCCAACAGCACGGAGAAGCUGACCCAGAGGGACCGCGAGAUGGGCAUCCUGCAGGAGAUCUUCCUCAGCAAGGAGAGCGUACCAGACAGCCCUCACGAGCCAGACCCUGAGCCCUACGAGCCCAUGCCCCCCUGCCUGAUCCCCCUGGACGAGGACUCGUCCAUGCUGGAGGACGGCCUGGCGGAGGCCAUGGACACGUCCCAGGCGGCGCUGGCCCCGGACCCGGGCUCCAAGCUGCCCCCGGUUCUGGCCAACCUGAUGGUGAACCUGAACAGCAGCUCGCGCAGCCCCCAGCCCGGCGGGCCCCCGGGGGCCGGCGCCGGCGCCGCCCCCGCCGUCAACGUGCAGGAGCUGCUGUCCUCCAUCAUGGGGGCGUCCGGGGGCCAGUCCACCGAGGACCUCAUCAAGCAGCCCGACUUCUCCGACAAGAUCAAGCAGCUGCUGGGGUCCCUGCAGCAGACCCAGAACCAGAACCAGGCCGGCCCCCCUCCAGUGAACCCGGGCCUGCUGGGACACGGGCCGGGCCUGAACUCCAUGAACCACAUGCAGAUGCCCAUGAACGGAGGCUACCCCCCCGGCGGGGGCCCCGGGGGGCCCGGCGGCCCCCGCUUCAGCCACCCCCCCGCGGCGCACGGCCACGGGCCCCCCUUCAACGCCGGCGGAGGCCCCCGCAUGAUGGGCCCGCCGCCGGGCCAGGGCCGGGGGGACAACGGCAAGUACUGGGGGGACGAGUCCAUGAGGGGCGGCCCCCACAGGGGGGGCCACUUCCACCGGGGGGGCCGCGGCCGCGCCGAGGGAGACAUGGGCUUCAGGGGCCGCGGCCGGGGGGGCCCCAGAGGAGGACACAACAACAUGAACGACAUGUCCAACAGGCCCGUCUGCCGCCACUUCAUGGUGAAGGGCAACUGCAGGUACGAGAGCAACUGUGCUUUCUACCACCCCGGCGUCAACGGCCCCCCCCUGCCCCCCAACUACAGCGCCAACAACCAGCACCACCAGUUCAGGCACUAGCAGGGGGAGGGGCCCCGCCGCCUCCAGUACGGUGGACCAGUGGACGGUCCUGCCAGCGGUCCACAUGACUGAACUCCUCCCAUGCUGCAGACGAGUGGACGCCCCGGCUGAGACCUGAGACCAAACCCGGUGGAGGACGGCCCCCCCGGAGCCACUGACUGGACCUGCCCCUGUGGCCCCUGUGGCCCCUGUGGCCCCUGUGGCCCCUGUGGCCCCUGUGGCCCCUGUGGCCUCCACCCUGUGUAUUACAUGCUCCAGUGUUAUCAGCAGAGGGCGCUGUCCCUCUCUUUCAGUGUUUUCUGUGAAAACAGGACUGUGUGUCUCUUGUGGGACUGAAGAAUGUAUUGUGGUGGGCGCUCCCUCCACCCUCGGUGACGAGCUCCUUCUGGUUUGUGGCCCUUUUUAUUGAUCGGUUGUUCUUUUCUCAGCAGAUGCUGCUGUGGACCGUCAUGCUCUUUUGAUUUCACUUGUUUUUGUACACUUUACUGAAUAAAUGUGUCGACGUGCUG